AGUUAUUUCCCUGCAGCCAAACUCUUUAGCUUUCUUGGAAUUGCACACAGGUUUUAAAAGUGGUCUCAGGGAUAAAAUACUUCCCCUCAAACUUGGCUGGUGACAUCCAAUCAAGGAGCUUCAAAAGAAAUACAAUGAAAAAGUAUGUCAUGACCAGAUGUGUCUUUGAGAGAGUGAUUGAUUCGCUGUGCUGCGGUGAUGUGGAGGGGUCCUUCAGUUAUUUUUGUGUGUUCUUUUACGGAUGUUCCCAUUGCACAGAGAGCUACAUCUGAUGUCCAGCCAUAAUUGUUCUUCAGAAGUUGGGCAGUGAGUGAUCUUUUUGGACUGCUGCAGCCUCUCAAUGAGUGAAGGUUGCCAUGGUUGAAGUGCAGCUGGAAAUGCAAUACAACUAUCCCAAGUUUCUGCUCAUUGCUUUCAGUGCCUGCACAACUGUGCUGGUUGCUGUUCACCUCUUUGCCCUUCUGAUCAGCACUUGCAUCCUCCCUAAUGUGGAAGCUGUCAGCAACAUUCAUAAUCUUAACUCUGUCAACGAGUCACCCCAUGAGCGCAUGCACUACUACAUCGAGCUAGCCUGGGGUUUCUCAACUGCGCUGGGCAUUUUACUGUUUCUCACGGAGGUGGUACUGCUUUGCUGGAUCAAGUUUCUACCAGUAGACAAAGCUGUGACGAAUGACAAAGAGACUGGUCCAGUCCAGGCAGGAAAUGGACACACUGGGUGGAAUGCAGCUUUAGCAUCCACUAUUAUUAUGGUACCUGUGGGCCUUAUUUUUGUGAUUUUCACAAUACACUUUUACCGUUCACUGGUUGGACACAAAACAGAGCGUCACAAUCAAGAGAUUGAAGAGCUGCAUAAACUGAAAGUGCAACUGGAUGGUCAUGACCGGGUCAUGCAAAUGGUUUGAAGCUGUUGAAAAUGGCAAAAAUAAAAGUUUUAAUUCUUCGACUAUCCUGGGAUCAGGGCUUCUACAGAAACUCUCAUUGCAAGUGCCACGUGGGCGCGUGUUUAUUCAGGAAUUCGGGUUUACAGCUAUGGCUUUUAGUUGUCUUAAGCGUCCAAUUUAUAAAAAAACCAAGGCUCAUGCAACUUUCUCACUGUCACCAAAUUGAGAUGUAAAACUGGAAUUCUGAGACUAUCUAAAAAUACUUCAGAUUACGUGGAUUCUACACCAACUGUUAAUGAACUGUAAUUUGAACUAAAAGGAUGCUGAUUUUUGUUUUAAGAAAAAAGCAUAAUUCCUUACAGGCCUAAAAACUGGGCUAUCACUCCAGAUUGAAACAGAUGAUGAGAUGUGGUUCAAUGCUCAGUUUUCCCCAAUACACAUGUUUUUUUUAACAGUACAAGAGUGAAUGCAGGUCAGAAAUUUGUCGUACAUGGAGAGUGAUGAUUGGGAAAAAUAAGGAAAACUGAAUAGAGGAUCCAGAAAUGUGCUUAUUGAAUAGUGUUUGGCCUGUUUGUCAAACAUGAAAACUUGUCACAGUAGAAUCUUCCCCUCCCUAUCCUAUACCAAAAUUGCUGUUAACAGUUUUUAUGAAUAUGAAAACAAAACCAGCUUUCUUUUAUUCCCAGGUUCUUGCAGGUGUAAAUGAUAUCCAAUGCUGCUCCCAACUGGUCAGAAGAGUAUUAUAAUGAAGUAGGACUGCCAAUUGAUCUCUCCUUUGCAGCAUUACUACUUUGUGCUAACACUAUCAGGAGCUCGCUGGACUGCAGGCUCAGCCAAUGCCCCUUUAUUCCAUGGCAAGGUGCACUAAUGCUGCAUUGUGAUGCGCCACAGUGCCUGCGUAUUAUUAACAAUAAGUUAUUCAUAUCCUGAGAUGAAUCAGCUUUAAGGUGAUGCCCCAGAUAAUGAUGUAUAUAUGAUGUGUAUGUAUAAUGAUGUUCAGGUUAUUGAAUUGCUCUGAUCACAGCAAUGUCAUCACUGAUGUGGAUUGAAAUGGAGACCUGUCAUCUAUUGAACUCCUUGAAGUAAACAGAGAUUGCCCAUGGCAAAAAGGGGAAAUAUUUUCUGAUGUAAAGUCCAGCUUUGAGCUAUUCGGACACUGCUUACUUAACUUGUAAUCAUGGUACCGUCCUGCACUGGGGAGCCUGGCCCUUUGCUUUACUCAGCUAAAGAUUCUCAAGACAAUGUUUUAAUGUGUCUUAAUAUAAGAAGAGCCAACUGUCACUAGCUAAAUUUGUUAAAGAUUAGAUAUUACUUAAAUUAUCUGUUACAAGAGUAGAGGUGACAUUUUCUUGUAGGAGGUUUGAAGCAAAUCUGGAGUAUUUAGAAGCUGAGCCAGUUUGAAUUACAAAUAUUGAAAUAAAUCCAAAUGUGCCCAUUUCGUACCCUGUCUGUAUCACCUGCCUUUCUUUGGAGGGUUUGAGCUGAUUAUGAAAGUUGGAGGCACCUUAUUGUUGAGUCUGACAAGGGCUAAAUAGCCUCUUCCUGUGUCCUAAUGAAACUAUUAUUGAUUUGUGCUAAGUGUUCUUUUUGAAGUGAUCCAGCAUUUAGUCUUAAAGUGUUUAACUCCUGAUGAAUCAUCCCUUUUGGAAGGGAGAGGUUUGGAUAGUCAGAGUGAUGUUUAUCUGAAAUUUUUAGGAGGAAAUUUUGGCUGUUGCAUCCAUUCUCCUCAGUCAGGGCUCAGGGGAAUAUGGAAAUCGGUCAAUUUGACUGUACACAUUGCAAAAUGGAAAUUUUGAGGGCUAUGAAUUCAGCCCUUUGCACACAUCAAACGAGACCAACUGUUGCAUGUUUGCUAUUUUGAUGUUUACUUGUACAGCUUUUACAUGCUUAUCUACAAAUGUGGCCUUUUUACUGAAACCAGUAUCCUUCAACUGCUUUGAAUCGUAACUACUUGUUUUUUUUUCGUAAAUACAUUAUUGUAGUCUGUUCCUUGGAUCAGGCAGCAUGUAAUCUUAAGCUUUCUGUGUAUGAUAUAUUGCUAACUUUAUGUUUCAUAUGUGAACACCUAAUUGUCUUAAUCUUUGAGGUCAAAAUCUUCUGUGACUUGGGUUGGAGAGCACUGUAGUUUGCCCUGUGCAUCAUUAUAUAACUUAUAGUUACAGUAGUUUGCAAGACAAGUAUAGUUGGUAUCCUGCUUCCUUCAAUUUUAUACACUGAGUUCUGGACAAAAAAAAUGCCUUUUUAAAACAAAUUUUUUCUUGUACUUUAAUUACUAUUUUCGUCUAGCAAAGCUUAUGUAUACUUUGUAUGUGGUACCUUUAUUGUUUUGCUAUCUUGAGGAUUUGUCCUGUAGCUGUUGGAGGAAUUAAAGUUACACUUCAAACGAAGUAUUGCAAAAUAAUUAUGUAGCAUCAAGAGCAUGAGAACUUUGAUUUCUGACUUAUUGUUUGGUGAGUAAAUAUUACAUAAGUCUGUAACUUUGCAGCUUGACCUCUCACAACCAGCCCAUAGUCUUUUUUUCCUCUUAUCGCCAGAUUUUUCUGGAUUAUUCAGAGUCCCCUGAGAUUUGCUGGCUAGAUGAGCAUUUCUACCCCACCCUUCAUUCUUAUCCCUUGAGAAUGCCUUGAACUGCAUCACAAUGCUAUUGGGCAAGUCGUUCUAAAAUCUUGGCCACCAACAACAAGGAAAUGGUGUCAUGUUUCCAAGUUAGCUUGGUGAGCGGUUGCAGCUGCUGAUAUUCCUUUGUCACUGCAUCCUUAUCCUUCUAGAUGGUUGUGGUCGUGUGUUUGAAGGAUGUUUUGUAAGGAGCCUUGGUGAGUUUCUGCAGUGCAUUUUGUACAUGAUGCACAUUGCUAUUGAGCAUUGAUGGAGGGAAUAUACAUUUGUGGAUAUGCUGUGAAUCAGGUAGACUGCUUUGCUUUGUUCUGGAUGGUGUCAAGCUGCUUGAGUUUUGUUGCAUUUGCACUCAUUAGGUGAGUUGGGAGAGUUCCAUCACAUUUCCCACUUAUUGCAUAUAGAAGGUGGACAGGGUUUUCGAGCCUGAUGAGUUAUUCACUGCAGGAGCCCUGGCUUCUGACCUUCUCUUACAAAUACUGUGCCUAUAUGAUUAGUCCAGUUUGGUUCCUGGUUGAUGAUAAACCCCAGGAUGUUGAUAGGUAAUGCCAUUGAAUGCCAAGGGUCAGAUAUUGUCUAGUUGGAAAUUGUUGUUGACCAGCACUUUGGAGGCGGGAAUAAUACUUACCACUUCUCAACCCAAGCCAAGAUAUUGUCCAAGUCUUGCUGCAUUUGGACAUGGACUGCUUCAGAAUCUGAGUCAUUGUGUGCACCUUCCAACACUUUUCAAUCAUCAGUCAACAUUUCUACUUCUGACCUUAUGGAGGGAAGGUCAUUGAUGAAACAGCUGAAGAUGGUUGGGCUUAGGGCACUACCCCCAAGAACUGGGUGCUUGUGGUACAUUGGUAGCAUCCCUACCUCUGAGCCUGGAGGCCUGAGUUCAAAUCCCAUCUGCUUCAACGGUGUGUAAUUGAAAGUAUCUACCCUCAGGAGCUCCUGCAAAGAUGUCCUGAAGUUGAUAUGAUUGAUCUACCAAAAACCACGAUCAUUGUCCUUUAUGCUGAAUAUGACAGCAGCUAGCAGGAGUUUUGAUUUCCAUUGAGCCUAGUUUUGCUAGGGCUCCUUAGAGUCAUACAAUAGAAAAGAAACCUAUCGAGUCUGCAUCGAUCUAUCUACUUAAAUUCCAUUUUCAAGUACUUGACCAAUAACCUUGAGUGUUAUAACAUUUCAAGUUCUCAUGCACAUGUUAAAGAUUGUGAGAUUACAUGCCUCUACUGCCCCCUCAAGUACAUCAUUCGAGAUUUCCACCACCCUCUAUGUGAAAACCAGGCAGCAUUGUAGGGAGAUGCCGAUCAUCAUUGAUAGCAUAAAAUUACAAAGAGAUACUGCUAGCCUAGGGAAAUGGGUGAAACUGUGGCAGAUAGAGUUCAAUGUAAGCAAGUAUGAGGCUAUCCAUUUUGGAGCAAAAAAUCAGUGUACUUUCUAGAUGAAAUGAAGUUAAAUAAUGGAUGAUCAGAGAGACUUGGGAGUGCAUAGAUCUUUAAAAGGCCACAGUCAGGUGCAGAAAAUAACCAAGAAAGCUCAGGGAAUGCGGACCUUUCAUAUCUAUUGGACUGGAUUAUGAGGAUGCAGAUGUUAUUGUUGCACUUAUGCAAAAUCCUGGUUAAACCCCACUUGAAAGCACUGAAAGUGCUGUGAGCAGAUCUGGCUACUACACGCCAUAGGAAGGAUUAUAUUGGUCUUGGAGCACAACAUAGUUUUACAAGAAUGGUACAUUGACUUAAAGGGUUAGGUUACGGAGAGAUUAUACAAAUUGGGCCAGUAUGCUCCAGAGUUUAGAAAGUUAAGGGGUGACAUAGAACAUAGAACAGUACAGCACAGAACAGGCCCUUCAGCCCACGAAGUUGUGCCGACCAUUGAUCCUCUUGUAUGCACCCUCAAAUUUCUGUGACCAUAUGCAUGUCCAGCAGUCUCUUAAAUGUCCCCAAUGACCUUGCUUCCACAACU